AGCAGUCAAAUGACAAAUCACAAAUGGUAGUCAAGUUCGCUGUUCAAUCGUGUUUACAGUGAUUUGUGUUUAAUUAUUAGUUUAUUUUUCAAAUACAACGUAUAAAUCGAGUUUUAUAUGCAGGAAAUAUUUAUUUAAGUGUGUGUUGUGGCGUCGUGUAAAAAGUUAUCAGUGUAAGCAAGUGAAGCAAACUAUUGUUUUUUGCUCUACGUGUACUUCUGUGGAUGUUGUGAUUCUUCUUGUGGAAGGAGCUGUGGAAAGAUGGCAGAUAAUUCGAAAUUAACAGACGAGGAGCGGGCGGAGAUCAGGGAACAGUUCUCACAGCUGGACACGAGCGGGAACGGCUACAUCGACCUUAAAGAGCUGAAGGAGGCGCUAGACAGUGUUGGCUACAAGAUACCACAGUGGAAGGUGCGAUGUAUGAUCGAGGAGUACUACGACCAGAGCGGUCCCCGCGGCCGCGGCGUCAACGGCAACGUCAACGGCGACUCCCGCCGCAACGGCAUAUCGCUGCACGAGUUCGAGGAGCUCUGCGCCAACCUCAAGACACAGCAGGUCGCGUCCACAUUCAAACAGGCCGUCAGUAAAAAGGAGAAUCUGGAACACCUGGGCGGCAUGAGCGAGGCUUCCAGUGAUGGCACAACCCACUCCGUCCGGCUGGAGGAGCAGAUGGCGUUCUCCGGGUGGAUCAACAGCAACCUGGAGCACGACCCCGACCUGCACCACCUGCUGCCCAUCGACCCCGAGGGCAAGCGGCUGUACGACAAGCUCAAGGACGGCCUGAUACUGUGCAAAGUCAUCAACCACUCGUGUCCGGACACGAUAGACGAGCGGGCGAUCAACAAGAAGAACCUGACACUGUACACCAAGCACGAGAACCUCACUCUGGCGCUGGUGUCCUCGCAGGCCAUCGGGUGCAACAUCGUCAAUAUUGACGCACAUGAUCUUGCUAAAGGCAAGCCCCACUUGGUUCUGGGUCUGCUGUGGCAGAUCAUCCGUAUAGGUCUGUUCAACCAGAUCACCCUGGAGCACUGCCCUGGACUCACCGAGCUGCUCAAUGACCAGGAGCGCAUAGAAGACCUUCUGGCCUUGUCACCAGAAGCGAUCCUGCUCCGCUGGGUGAACCACCAGCUGGCCAGCGCGGGGGUGACGCGGCGCUGCACCAACUUCCAAGCGGACGUCGCUGACUCCGAGAUAUACAGCUACCUGCUGAAGCAGAUCGCGCCUGAUGAUGCUGGAGUCACGUUGGAUGCGCUACGGGAGACGGACCUAAUGCGUCGUGCGGAGAUAAUGCUGCAACAAGCGGCGCGUCUGCGGUGCCGCGCGUUCGUGACGCCGGCUGACGUCGUCGGCGGGGUUUACAAGUUGAACUUGGCCUUCGUCGCCAACCUGUUCAACCAGCACCCUGGGCUACAGCGGCCUGAGGCUGGGGAACAGGAUUACCACCAGCUGGAUGAGACCAGGGAGGAGAAGACUUACCGCAACUGGAUGAACUCUAUGGGCGUGGCGCCGCACGUGAACUGGCUGUACUCGGACCUCACCGACGGCCUCGUCAUAUUCCAGCUGUACGACAUCAUCAAACCAGGCAUUGUUAACUGGAAGAAGGUGCACCGUCAAUUCUCCAAACUGCGCAAAUUCAUGGAGCGGCUGGAGAACUGCAACUAUGCAGUGGAGCUCGGCCGGCAGCUCGGGUUCUCGCUGGUGGGCAUCGCGGGCGCUGACAUCAACGAGGGCAACGCCACACUCACACUCGCACUAAUUUGGCAGCUGAUGCGCGCGUACACGCUGUCUGUGCUGACGCGGCUGGCGAACACGGGCAACCCCAUCAUCGAGAAGGAGAUCGUCCAGUGGGUCAACACCAAGCUGCAGGCCGCCGGCAAGGCCAGCUCUAUUAGGAGUUUCCAGGACGAGGUGCUGGCGGACGGCAAGGUGGUGAUCGACCUGAUCGACGCCAUCAAACCAGGCUCCAUCAACUACGACGUCGUGCUGCCCGGCGGUAACGAGGAGGAGAACCUAGCGAACGCGAAAUACGCGAUAUCGAUGGCGCGGCGUUGCGGCGCGCGCGUGUACGCGCUACCCGAGGACAUAACGGAGCGCAAACCCAAGAUGAUCAUGACUCUGUUCGCCUGCCUCAUGGCCAUCGACUACAUACCCACCAUGGACGCGCCCGUCACCGCGUCGAAACCAUCAUUGGACAACAGCGCGGAAAUACAAGACGAAGAUUUGGACGACUCGGGCUUUGGUCCCCAGAUUGUGGAAAAACCAGCCCUGCCGCCGAAACCUGAAAACCUGGUGCCACUACCACGGUCCAUAUCUGUAGCUUCUGCUAAGGAAUAAGCGUUACCAAAUAUUGUAUAUUGACGGCUGCACUCAGAGACAUUGGUAAGGUCUGCUUGUCUAUGUCUGGUAUAUUGGAAACGUCAUAAUAUUAUGGCAGAUAAAGCAAAUCUUAAAGGGUCAAUUUAUAAUAGAGCAGAGUCGAAGCGCAUCGAAGCGUCAAAUUCGCAACAAGUCGAACGAAUGCGCGCGGAUUCGCCGAGUGCCUACAGUGGUGACGCGAAAAUUCGCUUGUAGGCGCAUGAAUGCGCGGGCACCAAAAAGCGUCGGUCGAGCCUUUUUAAAUUCUCAGAAGUAAUAUUAUGUGCGUUAAUGCUUUGGAUUUAAGGUUAUGUUCAGUUUUGAUAAUUCACUUCGAUGCGUUUCGACUCUGCGCUAGUACCUAUAAAUUGACCCAAAUAGUUGUAUGCUGCGUAAAUUUACUUAUUAGUAAGGGGUAAAUCAUUACUUUAGAAGGUCAGUGAUUAAUUAAGUCUGAAGGUUCUAAAACAGAGACCCUAUUAAAGUUUUCAAAAAUGACUACUUAAGUAAUCAUUAAAAUGUUUAUUGCGUGCGGCCGUAAGCUCCACUUGAGCCAGCCUAAAAUUUAAUAGUGAAUUAAAUAAUAUUUUACUCUCUCACUAAUUAACAUAUUUACAACAAUAGAUACGCACGAUGUUUUGUUUUUGUCUAACAUAUUUAAAAGUCACUCUAAAGACAAAGACAAAACAUUAAUCGUUUUGUAAUAUUUUUUAUUAUAGAUGAGCCUAGGCUGGCGCAAGUGGCCCAAAUUAAUUUAUAUUUUUGUCUAUUUUUAUAAAUAAA